CGAGGAACAGGCGAUUAAAGUGAGACCGGGGUACAUUUGAUUACAUGUUCAUCCGAGUGAUUGGACAUUUUCCAUCCAAUGAACGUUGAAUGUGAGCGUCGUUUUGUUGUUAGUGAAACAUGUCUAGCUACCGUCAGGCUAACUGCACAAUUUCUCCUCUCAGCUUGAAAAGCUAGCUACCCAGCAGCAGCAGCAUCCACCACCCGAAGCCUCUCGGCAACAUUUCCCAUCACUGGCAACCAGCAAUGCAGGAGACAUGACGAUAAAGCCGACAGCCUCGUCCUUCUGUCAGUGAAUGAACAAGUAUCCCCUCUGUGUUGAUCGUUCAUCUUGGUGAAAUGAAUUUCUUGCGCAAUCGUCUUGUUGUUCUGGGCCUGGUGUUGUUGGCUACGUUACUGCUGUACCUGCUGCUGCCAUCCAUUCGCCAGGGCAGCAUGGAGCCGUCUCUUGAAGCUCAAAGAAUGGGACUGAUGGCCACCCUUCCUCCGCCGCUGCCAACCAUCAAUGUCUCCAUUCGCACUGGACAGCUACCCGGGGACCCUCCGCUGUUCUUCAGAGAAGCUUUACCUGUUGAUGGAGCUGGACGUCAGAUAUUGCCAAGGCUGCAAGUGGUCCUUCUGCAUGGCCAGGCCUUCACAUCCAAAACCUGGGAAGAACUCGGUACAAUGGCACUGCUGGCAACUAAUGGAUAUCAAGCCUUGGCGAUGGACCUGCCAGGGUAUGGAAAAUCUCCGGACUCAGAGGCUCUGAAGACCGACCAGAAUCGAGUGGACCUCCUUUCAAGGUUCAUGGAGUCUUUAGGUGUAAGAGCAGCUGUGCUUUUGAGCCCCUCCAUGAGUGGACAUUACUCCAUCCCAUUCCUCAUGAAGAACAACGCUCAGCUACAUGGCUUCAUCCCCAUAGCGCCAGUGGGUACCCGAAGUUACACUCCACAGCAGUACCAAGAUGUCCAGACUCCCACUCUGAUUGUGUUUGGAGCCCUGGACACAAAUCUGGGUGCCCAGUCCCACAAGAACCUCAUUCAACUUCCACAUCACUCUGUGCUAAAGUUAGAAGGAGCUCGCCAUGCCUGCUACAUGGACAAACCCAGAGAAUUUCACCAAGGAUUGAUCGACUUCCUCAGCAAACUGAAGUGAGAUGUGUGGAGGAGGAAGAGGAGGGAGAAAAUGGAAACAAAAGAAAGAAGAGGAAAAAAUAGACAGAGUAACACUAGUCCUCUGAUAAGAGGUUUAGUAUGGCGACAAUUUUGCCAGAAGGCACUAAGAUCAGCAUUAUUCAUAUAUCAUUAUCACCUGAAGCAAAGAACUUUGGCAUGGGAGUAGGUUUUAAUACCUGGAAAAUGGUAUGUAAAAUAUUGUAGUGAGGGUUAACAAUACAGUAUUUCAGAUGUUUCCAUUACAGAAGUACUAUUUUUUCAAUUUCCCAUAGUGUCACCCAAAAAUAUGAGAGCUUGUUUUAAAAAUAGCUUCAGACUUGUGUAGUGGUGUUUCAUGUGUUUCAUGUCUCUCUUUGCAUGUAAAAACAUGGAAUGUGUUUGCUUCACUGUUACCAUUUGUAGGUGACAUGUAGGUUACUGUAAAUAUGCAAAUGUAGCAGCUGCCUCUGUUUAAAUAGCUCCUGUCACUUCACAUUUGACCAACAGAUUUGUAUAUUAAGAUCUAAUUACCAUUCCAGCUUCCAAGAAAACACAUGCUGUUCUAAAAAGAGUUGAUGCAUACUGUAAUGUAAAUGUAUAAAAGAAUAUGGACCAUUUAAAAUGAUAAAAAAAAGUGCUCUCACUGAUGAUAUGUAAUAUAUUUGCAAUAAGUUUGGACAAUCAUUCAAAAAACAAACUUAAAGAUAUAUGCAUAGCUUAAAAUAAAAACAAAAAUUGUG